UGCAGAGCAAAAGUUUGAAAAUGCAGUACAAACACUUAUUGAAAAUGUAAAAUCUGCAACCAAAAGAGUCGAGGACUGUUUAAACUACAUCCGUGACCCACACGCACGUUCCAAUCUGAGAUCUAUCAAUGACCACCUGUCUUUUCAAAUCUCAGAUAUAAUUAGCAAGGCAAGGCUCAUGGUAGAGACGUGUUACAUUUGUGACACCCUCAGUCUGGAAGUGCAGAUACAGUGCUGGUCAGCCAAAGCUCACUAUGUGGUGGAGGAGAUCAAGAAGCAAGAUGGGAUUCACCAAGAGGUUAAAGAGCACAUCAAAGCUGGUCUAGAGGGAAGAACACCUGAGGAUAUCACAGAGGUGUUGGCUACAAUCCCAUGUAAAGUCAAAGAAGUGGAAUUUCCCUUUCUCACAACAAUGUCCUGGCAGAAAGGUGACACUGAAAGUGUAGAUACUGCAGGACCCAAUAUGAACGUACUAGCUGUGGCUAAAUAUGGACCUGGAACCAUGGAAAAAAAUGAUCGUGCUGGGUCUGGUGCAUUCAAAGAAUCUUCACUGACCUACACCUCCCUUUACCUAAAGCAAGAAAGUGACAGCUGGGACCCCAAGGACAACAGAAUUGUUCAGGUGACCAGGAAGAUGGCUGACACAAUAUGUUAUAUGACUCAGUACUUGAAGAAGAAAGGCCCAAUACCGAAUAAAGAGGCAUUUGUCGCUGCAGCCAAAGAUGUGAUCUUGAACUGCCAGACAGUGACUCAGUUUAUAAGAGUUAUUGCCAACCACUGCCUGGAUAAACAGUGUACAGUUGAGCUGUCCCUCGUUGUUGAGCAGAUUCUCACCAUCACCAGCCAGCUCAAUAUCAUCUCCAGUGUCAAUGCUGUAACACCUCAGUGCAAAUCAUCUGAUGAGAUCUUGGUGAAGAACGCCCAGAAUCUACUCCAAACAGUCCUACGUGGGGUCCAUGCUGCAGAGACUGCCUGCAUCACAGGUUUGAAGCAGCCUGAGCCAAACUCAGACGGUGCAGAGGCCACAGCUUUGUGUUUCCAGUGGAGGAGGAACCUAGAGAUCCAUCGAGCCCAGCAGACUUCUAACCUAGAGACAGAUGAGCUGGGUUUGAGGAAGACAUCAUCACAUGCUGUGGCACCCACUCUUGUCCCAACAGUUGGCGUGCACGACAGUUACAAGUGACCACUACCCACUGCUAGAUAUGGAGCCCACUAAACCCCU